AUGCUGGAGAAGUUCUGCAACUCUACUUUUUGGCCGGAGGUAGACCUGCCACUUUGUUUUGAACAAACUGUUCUGGUGUGGAUUCCCUUGGGCUUCCUUUGGCUCCUGGCUCCUUGGCAGCUUAUUCAUGUAUAUAGAUCCAGAACCAAGAGAUCUCCCAUAACCAAACUCUACCUUGCUAAGCAGGUGCUUGUUGGAUUUCUUUUUAUUCUGGCAGCCAUAGAGCUGGUCCUUGCAUUCACAGAAGACACCGGACAAGCCACAGUUCCUGCUGUUAGAUAUACAAAUCCAAUCCUCUACCUGGCCACAUGGAUCCUGGUUUUGCUGAUCCAGCACAGCAGGCGAUGGUGUGUACAGAAGGACUCUUGGUACCUGUCACUAUUCUGGAUCCUCUCGAUACUCUGCAGCACUUUCCAGUUUCAGACUCUGAUCCGGAUGCUCUUAAAGGGUGACAAUUCUCAUCUGGGCUACUCCUGCGUGUUCUUCAUCUGCUAUGCACUCCAGAUCCUGGUUCUGAUCCUUGCUGCAUUUUCAGAAAAAAGCAACUCAUCAAAAAAUCCUUCAUCCACAGCUUCAUUUCUGAGUAGCAUCACCUUUAGCUGGUAUGACAGCGUGGUUCUGAAAGGCUACAAGGAACCUCUGACGCUCGAGGAUGUGUGGGAUGUUGCUGAGGAGAGUAAAACAAAGAGGCUGGUCAGCAGGUUUGAAGCUCACAUGGCAGGAGAGCUGCAGAAAGCCAAGCGGGCCUUCCAGAAACGGCAGCAGAAGAAGUCUCAGCAGAAGUCUGGAGCCAAGCCGCAGGUCUUGGACAAGAACCAGAGUCAAAGCCAAGAUGUCCUUGUCCUGGAAGAAACCAAAAAGAAGAAGAAGAAGAAGUCUGAGACCACAGAAGACUUUCCCAAAUCAUGGUUGGUCAAGGUCCUCUUAAAGACUUUCCCCAGCAUCCUCCUGAAAUCAUUCCUGCUGAAGCUAGUGUAUGACAUCUCCUCGUUUCUGAACCCUCAGCUGCUGAAAUUGCUGAUCUCUUUUGCAAGUGACCGUGGCGUAUAUGUGUGGACUGGAUAUCUCUAUUCAAUCCUCUUCUUCGUCGUGGCUCUCCUCCAGUCGUUCUGCCUUCAGAGUUACUUUAAGCUGUGCUUCUUGCUGGGAAUGCAAGUACGGACCAGUGUCAUGGCUUCUGUGUAUAAGAAGGCACUGACCCUAUCCAACCGGGCCAGGAAGCAGUACACCGUUGGAGAAACAGUGACCCUGAUGUCUGUGGAUGCCCAGAAGCUCAUGGACGUGACCAACUUCAUCCACCUGCUGUGGUCAAAUGUCCUACAGAUUGUCUUAUCCAUCUACUUUCUCUGGGCAGAGCUGGGACCCUCAGUCUUAGCAGGUGUUGGGGUGAUGGUGCUUCUAAUCCCACUUAAUGGGGUACUCGCCACCAAGAAUAGGGCUAUUCAGGUGAAAAAUAUGAAGAAUAAAGACAAACGUUUAAAGAUCAUGAAUGAGAUUCUCAGUGGGAUCAAGAUCCUGAAAUAUUUUGCCUGGGAACCUUCCUUCCAAAACCAAGUCCACAACCUUCGGAAGAAGGAGCUCAGGAACCUGCUGACGUUUGGGCAACUGCAGUCCGUGAUGAUGUUUCUCUUAAACUUAACUCCUGUCCUGGUGUCUGUGGUCACAUUUUCAGUCUAUGUCCUGGUGGAUAGCAAUAAUAUCCUGGAUGCAGAAAAGGCCUUCACCUCCAUCACCCUCUUCAAUAUCCUACGCUUUCCGAUGAGCAUGCUUCCCAUGGUAAUCUCCUCCAUGCUCCAGGCCAGUGUUUCUGUAGAACGGCUCGAGAAGUACUUGGGAGGGGAUGACUUGGACACCUCUGCCAUUCGACGUGACGGCAAUUCUGACAAAGCAGUGCAGUUUUCUGAGGCCUCCUUUACCUGGGACCGUGAUUUGGAAGCUACAGUCCGAGACGUGAACCUGGACAUUAUGCCAGGCCAGUUUGUGGCUGUGGUGGGCACUGUGGGCUCUGGGAAAUCCUCCUUGAUGUCAGCCAUGCUGGGAGAAAUGGAAAAUAUCCACGGGCAUGUCACUGUCAAGGGCACCGUCGCCUACGUCCCACAGCAGUCCUGGAUCCAGAACGCCAUAAAGGACAACAUCCUCUUUGGAUCAGAGUUCAAUGAAAAGAAAUACCAGAAGAUUCUGGAGGCCUGUGCCCUCCUCCCAGACUUGGAAGUGCUGCCUGGAGGAGACCUGGCUGAGAUUGGAGAGAAGGGCAUAAAUCUCAGUGGGGGACAGAAGCAGCGGAUCAGCCUGGCCAGAGCUACCUAUCAAAAUUCAGACAUCUAUAUUCUGGAUGACCCCCUGUCCGCCGUGGAUGCUCACGUGGGAAGACAUAUUUUCAAUAAGGUCUUGGGUCCCAAUGGCCUGUUGAAAGGCAAGACUCGGCUCUUGGUGACACACAGCAUUCACUUUCUUCCCCAAGUGGAUGAGAUUGUGGUUGUGGGAAAUGGCACCAUCUUGGAGAAAGGAUCCUACAGUGCUCUGCUGGCCAAGAAAGGAGUGUUUGCGAAGAAUCUGAAGACAUUCGUAAAAGAGGCGGGUCCUGAAGACGAGGCCACAGUCAACGAGGACAGUGAAGAAGAUGCCUGUGAGCUGAUGCCCAGUGUGGAAGAAAACCCUGAGGAUGCGGCCUCCUUAAAGAGAGAGAAUAGCCUUCGUCAGACACUCAGCCGCAGUUCUAGGUCCAGUAGCAGGCGUUUGAAGUCCUUAAAAGACUCCUUGAAAACUCGGAAGGGGAACAUCCUGAAGGAGGAGGAGACCGAACCUGUGAAAGGACAAAAGUUAAUUAAGAAGGAAUUCUUACAAACUGGAAAGGUGAAGUUUUCCAUCUACCUGAAAUACCUACAAGCAAUAGGAUGGUGUUCCAUAGUCUUCAUUGUCCUUGGGUUUAUGCUGUAUUCUGUGGCUUUUAUUGGAUCGAAUUUCUGGCUCAGUGCUUGGACUGGUGACUCUAAAAUCUACAAUAGCACCAACUAUCCAACCUCUCAGAGGGACCUGAGGGUUGGUGUCUUUGGAGCCCUGGGAUUAGCACAAGGUAUAUUCGUGCUCAUAGCAACUCUGUGCAGUGUCUAUGGUUGUACCCAUGCCUCCAGCAUCCUUCACACACAACUGCUGAGCAAUAUCCUUCGAGCACCUAUGAGUUUUUUUGACACAACACCCAUAGGCCGGAUUGUGAACAGGUUUGCUGGCGAUAUUUCCACCCUGGAUGACACCCUCCCCAUGUCUUUGCGCUCCUGGCUUAUGUGCUUCCUGGGCAUCAUCAGCACCCUUGUCAUGAUCUGCUUGGCCACCCCCGUCUUCGUCAUCAUCAUCAUUCCUCUUGGCAUCAUUUAUGUGGCUGUUCAGAUAUUUUAUGUGGCCACUUCCCGCCAGCUCAGACGACUAGACUCUGUCACCAGGUCCCCAAUCUACUCUCACUUCAGUGAGACUGUGUCAGGCCUGCCUGUUAUCCGUGCCUUUGAGCACCAGCAACGGUUUCUAAAGCACAACGAGAUAACAAUUGACACCAACCAGAAAUGUGUCUUUUCCUGGAUUAUCUCCAACAGGUGGCUUGCAGUUCGUCUGGAGUUUAUUGGGAACAUGAUUGUCUUCUGUUCAUCCUUGAUGAUGGUUAUUUAUAGAAAUACCCUGAGUGGGGACACUGUGGGCUUUGUUCUGUCCAACGCACUCAAUAUCACACAAACCCUGAACUGGCUGGUGAGGAUGACGUCAGAAAUCGAGACCAACAUUGUGGCUGUUGAGCGAAUAAAUGAAUACAUACAUGUGGAAAAUGAGGCACCUUGGGUGACUGAUAAGAGGCCUCCAGACGGUUGGCCCAGCAAAGGGGAGAUCCAGUUUAGCAACUACCAAGUGCGGUACAGGCCUGAGCUGGAUCUGGUGCUGAAAGGGAUCACUUGUGACAUUAAGAGCACAGAGAAGAUCGGUGUAGUGGGCAGGACAGGAGCUGGGAAGUCAUCCCUGACCAACAGCCUCUUCAGAAUCCUAGAGGCUGCAGGAGGCCAGAUCACCAUCGAUGGGGUGGAUAUUGCUUCCAUUGGGCUCCACGACCUCCGAGAGAAGCUGACCAUCAUCCCCCAGGAUCCCAUCCUGUUCUCUGGGACCCUGAGAAUGAAUCUCGACCCUUUCAACAGCUACUCAGAUGAGGAGCUUUGGAAGGCCUUGGAGCUGGCUCACCUCAAGUCCUUUGUGUCUCACCUGCAACUUGGGUUGUCCUACGAGGUGACAGAGGGCGGUGACAACCUGAGCAUAGGACAGAGACAGCUACUCUGCCUGGCCAGGGCUCUGCUUCGGAAAUCCAAGAUCCUGAUCAUGGAUGAAGCCACUGCUGCGGUGGAUCUAGAGACAGAUCACCUCAUCCAGAUGACCAUCCAAACUGAGUUCUCCCACUGCACCACCAUCACCAUUGCCCACCGACUGCACACCAUCAUGGACAGUGACAAGGUAAUGGUCCUAGACAAUGGGAAUAUUGUACAGUAUGACAGCCCCGAAGAACUGUUGAAAACCCCUGGCCCCUUUUAUUAUAUGGCCCAAGAAGCUGGCAUUGAAAAUACACACAGCACAGCCUUCUGAGAGCAAGUCUGACAGGUUAGAGAAGGGCUGUGAGGACCAUUCCGUAUUCUUUUUGUGACGUAUACGAACAAGUAUACAUACAAAAAGCGUGCGUAAAAUAUGUUUUAAAGGAUCAUAAGUGAACACCCAUGUCCCCAUUAUCCAAGAUUUUUCCGAAAUGAGUAUUAUCAGCUGCAUCAUGAUUCCACUGUGAUCCUAUACCUCCCGGCUUCUCUCCCUCAAGAGAGAACUGCUAUCCUGGAUUUUGUGAUUAUUAUUCCUUUGCUUUCUGUUUUCGUUUUACAACUUCCCUUAAAAAUGGACCUUUUUAAAAACGUAUGGCCUCAUACUGCUUGUAUUCUUCAAUGACUUGCCUCUUUUCUGUAUUGCAUUUGAGAUUCAUCGCUGUUGAUGCACAUGGUGAGGCUGGUUCAUGCUCCCUGUGCUAUGUAGCUCGUCAAUGUGUGAAUACGCCACAGUUGAUCCAUUUUAGGGUGGUCAGCAGUAGGGUAUUUUCCAGGUUCGUUCUGUUUUAUUUUCUCUGUUUUGAGCAAUAUUGCUAUGAACAUUCCGGUACAUAACUGCUAAGAUAACAUGUGUAAGAGUUUCUUUAGGUAUGACGUAUAGGGAUGGGAGGUAGCACAUGUUUAAAUACAUAUAAUAGAUAAAGCCAAACUAGUGAUGCCAAUUUAAAACAUUUUUGUCAAAUCUGAUGAGAAUGAACUGGUACCUCAUGGAGGUUUUUAAAUGUCUAUUUCCCUGGUUAUGAUUCAGGUUUCUGUAUGCGGUGUCUACUGGUGCUUGCUCAUGGUGCUUUAUUUCCUUGAAUGUCUCGGGAAAUGUUUACUGUAAGCCGCUCAACCUCCUUAGCAUUUUUAAAAAUUGAAGCAUAGCUGAAUUACAAUUUGUGUUAGCAGGUUUCCUGUGGCUAGAGUUGAAGCUGACCUCUCUUAAAAGGAUUGGUGCAAGCUUCUGCCUGCCACCUUGGGGACAUUUUGAAUUAAAUUCUCCACUACGAGCUUUCAAAGCAUACAGUUAGUGAGUGGGAUUUCAGACCACAAUCCUGUGUGAGAGCCAGUUUGUGGUUUCUAGAAUCUCAAAAGAUUCCUCCCCCUUGAUCUAGUGGCAGGUUGGAGAUGGGCGUGUGGCAUUGCUGACUCCUUCCACGUGGUGGGGUUUAUUCCUUACCUGUUCACUGCAAGUAUAGCCCUUUUGGGCUCUGGCUCAUCAGAGGGUCUCCUGUAGGUUCUCCAUAUUGACAAGUCUCGGGCUUUCUGUCUUGCCUCAGCAUCCUCCAAUUGUCCUCACAGGUCAAGAUGUCCAGGUAGCUUUGACGCUUCCUCACCUUCCAGGGUUUCUUGUGCCAAUUGUCCUCACAGGUCAAGAUGUCCAGGUAGCUUUGACGCUUCCUCACCUUCCAGGGUUUCUUGUGCCACGUUAUUUUGGGUUUAGCAUAUUUCUUACCUCCAUUUCAGUGCUGCAAUUACGAAAGAUUUUAAUUUAUUCAUCAUUGUAGCUGUUUGUUGAAUGAGAUGCUCAGAGACUUAACACUUCCUAAAGGAGGGGAUCACACCCCUACAAGGCUGGAUGAGGAGGGGGCUUGUUUCCUCCUACUUGCUCUGUUCCAUCAGCAUCACUCUAUCAAUGUUUGUUUCCCUGCAGAGGCAGUUCAUACAAGUAGCAGCCCUGCUUUCAGUUGGCAAAUUCAGUGUAGUCCUGCUAUCACCAGCUAAGCAGCACCCCCUUCUGGGCAGUCUGGGUUUCAGUUUUAGCGAUGGCCUCUCUUGCCUUUUGUUCCACAGACCUAAUGAUGAUCGUUACUUUUGCACUCACCAACCCUCUGAUACUUCUUCUCCUUUAGCCCCUUCUCCAAUACCUAUUUAGCAAUUCUUUAUAUUAUUCUGCGAAGAUAACCUAUGCUUUCUGUCUCCUGACUAACCAAAUGGAUAGAGCCUUGAAGAUAAUCCAGUUGAAGUCCCUUAUUUUUCAGAUAAGCACCAGACUGAGCACAGUCAUGACAAGCAGUCAAAACAUGCGUGUUUCCAGAAGAGCCAGGACCAGAAACCCAUUUCCAGAUUUGGUCCCAUGAUUUCUUCUUUUUCCUAUAAUGGGAGAGGGUUUUUGAUCUACCUACUCCCGUGGGUGCUGAUGCAGUGAGGGGAAGGGUCUUUUUUUCUUAGUAGUGAUGACUGAGACAUCCAGUGAAGGUGGCAGAAACUGGAAGCAGCCUGGAUCCAAAACUUUGGUGAUGACGCGUCCCCCUCCAGAUCUCAUCUUGGCCCAGGACCUGGGUAACCCAAUGCAAUGUUGAUGUUUCCUCCUUUCCUUCUGAGGUCUUCAUCCUUGACCUUCCCCUGUUCCUCUGUAUUUCCUCUGUAAUUGAUUUCAUACACUCCUGGGGUUGCAGCUUCUACACAUGAUCUCAUUUCUAGCCCCUUCCUCCCCUCCAAUUUUGAGACUCAUACGUUCAGUUGUCUCUGCUGUUAUCCCCUGGAUAGCCUUCUGGCAUCUGACAUGCAAAUCACCCUACUUGGAAAAACCCUUCUACCUCUUCCACUCUAAAAAGAUUUUUUUGCCUGUCUUUCUAACUCAAGUGGUGACAUCAUCCACUCAGUCCUACAAAAUGAAAACCUGGGCAUCACUCUCAACGUCUCUUUUUCUUUCCAGAUCAAACCAGCCAUCAAGCCCUUCCUGUUUUACUUCUGCCCCCCCUGCUGCUUUUGCCAAGUUCAGGUUCUCCUCACUUCCCUCCUGGACGGAAGGAACAGCUAUCCUUGCUUUCAGUGUUGUUUUCCUCAAAUAUACUCACUGCUGGCUACCAGGUUACUCUUCUGCUUAAGCCCAUCAUUCAACAGCAACAUAGGAGUUCCCAUUGUGGCACAGUGGUUAACAAAUCCGACUAGGAACCGUGAGGUUGUGGGUUCGAUCCCUCCCUUGCUCAGUGGGUUGAGGAUCUGGCGUUGCCGUGAGCUGUGGUGUAGGUCGCAGAUUCGGCUCGGAUCCCACAAUGCUGUGGCUCUGGCAUAGGCUGGUGGCUACAGCUCCGAUUAGACCCCUAGCCUGGGAACCUCCAUAUGCCUCGGGAGCAGCCCUAGAAAUGGCAGAAAGACAAAUACAACAACAACAAAAACAACAGCAACCUAGAAUAAAGUCAGUCUCUGAGUAUAGUACAAUGAAGCUCCCUAACAUCCGAUCCAAUCUCAUUUCUUCCAGCUCCCACACCUCAUGUUAAGCUCUGGCAACAUCAACAUGCUUUAAGAUUUCACACACACAAUUACCAUUCGACUCGAGCUUUUUGCUUCUCUAUCCCCUCUGCUUGGAAUCCCAUGUCUACCUUGAACUCAUUAAGACUCAAAAAGAAGUCGCCUUCUCCCAAGAGCCUCCCUCGGCUCCCAGGCUCGCUUUAGUGCAUGUUCAAUCUUUUAGGCACCUCUGCAUCUGAAACGCAGUUCUACAAGGACUCCUCCACCGUAAGAUUCUUGGUGGGAGACCGGGGUGCAGCCCUGUGAUGAGGUCCCAUUACUCGGAUACACCAGCACCAGAUUUUGAUUCGGAUGCUGGAGACACACAGAGGCAGAGAAAUCUGUGCUGGCAAAGGUGAUAGUCACUGUCAUUGUCCAGAGGGAGCAACAAGUCCAGUGACACGGUGUGAUACUGAGCAUCAUUCUGGGCUUCAAAGAGUCACUCUGGCUUUCUUACUCCCUUCUGCAGAGUCAGUGAGGGAGGUCAAACCUACUAUUUGCGAACUUCUGCUUAAGUUUUACAAGUUGGGGAGUGUUGUUUAUGACUAAAAAUGCUCCCCAGCUCACUUAAUUUGCUUUUACUGUAUGUUAGAUGAUUUUCUGUUUGCAUCCCCUCUAAGCUCUGAGACUCAUGAAAACAAACAGUUUCUUACCCCAUUUUUUAUCUCCAAUGGCUAGAAUAUAGCAGGUGCUCAACUUUUUUCAAAUGUCCAAAAAAUCUUUAUAAGAAAUACUAUAGGGAUUAAAAAAAAAAACAAAAAAAAAAAAACUAUAGGGGGAGUUCCCAUCGUGGUACAACAGAAACGAAUCCAACGAGGAACUAUGAGGUUACGGGUUUGAUCCCUGGCCUAGCUCAGUGGGUUAAGGAUCCCACAUUGCUGUGAGCUGUGGUCACAGACGCGGCUCAGAUCCCGCAUUGCUGUGGCUGUGGUGUAGGCCGGCAGCUACAGCUCUGAAUGGACCCCUAGCCUGGGAACCUCCAUAUGCCGCGGGUGUGGCCCUAAAAAGCAAAAAAAAAAAAAAAAAAAAAAAAAAAAAAGAAUGAAGAAUGUAUGCCCUAGUAUAGCAAUAGGAUUGAAGAAGAAAAAGUAAUGCCAACAGGAAGAAUAAAUGUACCAAUCAGACCUAAAUUUUUUUGCUGGCUAAUUUUGUAAAAGUGCCUUUUGAAACACCCUCUGAAGAAAUUUGUUCCAUUUAGGUAAUAAAAAUGAGAAUACAUUUAACCACAAAUGCACAGGGAUCAUGACUUUAUCUAAAAGUUAGCAAACAACAUUGUACAGACACUGACAUUUAAAUCUCUAAAAUGCUGGAACUCAGCAAAAGCCACGUUCAACUAUCAAUGUGGAUUAGUCUUCCACACAGAUCAGAUGCUAAUCUGAUAACAUAGAUGGUUUUGGAAAAACUUCAUAUUGUCAGAAGACUAAACACGAAAGUUGUAAAAAUGCACUAAAGAAACGGCUACUAAGAAGCACUGCAUCUUCAUAGUAUUCCUUUUUACUUUGUAUGCAAGUAAUUGGCUCUGCUGCAGAAUUUAACUGUUACAAGUUGUGAAAAGCAACUACUUAGGAAAUGAAUAGAAACAAGAAAAGUAUAUAGUACCUCUUUUAAGACUACUUUGGGGGUUUCCUGGUGUCAUGGCAGGUUAAGGAUCUUGUAUGGGCUCUGUUGGUGCGCAUGUCUGAUUCCUGGUUGGGAACUCCUGCAAGCUGUGGGCAUGGCUGGGGGGAGGAUUAACUUUGGUCCCCACUGAAUUAAAAAAAAAAAUGUAGCGCUCCUUUCUUCAACUCGAACAGUCAAGGCCUUGGUCUACACACGGUAAUCUCGUGAAUGGACAGUCACCUUGGUCCUGGCCAUGAUAGCCAUCUGGCUACUCUGAUGACCCUGUCACUCAUGUCAGAUCCACUUGUCCUACGGAUGACGGGCUCUCUUGGAGCAGCAGACUUUGGAACAUUUACUUGCUGCUCAAACCCACAGCCACUUGUUCCUCAUGGGGAAACUGCUUUGUUGGCAUCCAACUGUGAAGACAGUCGAGUUGUCCUCGGGUUGUACCUCUGAGCACAGAUGUCUCUCCUGGUAAAUGGUGGUUUGUCAGGGUUCACAUUCUGGCAUCACCAAGAUCCCUCCUAGUUCCAUACAUACCUGCCAGGCAGAUGCAUUUAUUAAUUUGUCAACCAGUUCCACUUUGGCUAGCUUUUCAUUUUCUUUCAUCAAAACAUCUAAUUCUUCUGCAUACUUAUCUUCAUUGUUAAUGGUUGAACAGAAUCUGUUUGUUUCAGUGGGACCUGGAGUUAGGUAUGUGGCAUAAGGGCCAAAUCUGGCCUGCUGUCUUUAUAAAUAAAGUUUUAUUGAAACAUGA